GCUGAGUGCCCGCUGCAGCUCCAUCCUGGACCAUCAGCUGGCGGAGAAGCGGCAGAUGCAGGGGGAGCUGCGGGCGGAGGAGCAGCGCCUGCAGCGGCUCAUGGACAGCGAGCGGGAGAAGGAGCUGCAGCUGCAGGAGGAGCUGGAGCGCUGCAGGAAGCAGCAGCUCAUCAGCAUCAAGCUGGAGGUGCUCCAGCAGAUAGAGGAGCGGCAGGAGCAGCGGGCGCUGAGGGCCGAGCAGAAAUUCCAGGAGGGCCAGAGGUUCGUGGAGCACCUGGAGCAGAUGAAGAGGGAGGAUCGCGAGGCCUGGCAGCAGCAGCAGCAGCGCAAGCGGCAGCUCCUGGCCGAGAUGAAGGCGGUGGACGCGGAGAACCAGCGGCUGCGACAGCGCGACAGGGAGCGCGACAGGCGAGCGGAGCUGCGGGCCCUGGAGGAGCAGCGCCAGAAGGGGGAGCGGGACGCGGCGCUGGAGGCGGAGCGGGCGCGGCUGCGGCGGGAGCGGCAGCGGGAGCUGGAGCGGCUCAAGGCCACGCAGGAGCACGAGCGGGGCUGGCAGGAGGCGCAGGUGGGUGGCACUGCCACCCCUGUCCCCUCCCCGGGGCUCUGUCACCUCCCCGGCGCUCUGCGGACCAAGCGCAGCCAGGUGGCAGCAGAACGGCAGUGGCGCUGCCGGGAGCUGUCCCUGUCCCCAGUGUCCCCAAUAUCCCUUGUCCCUGUCACUGUCUCCAAUGUCCCCAGUGUCCCCAAUGCCCCCAGUGUCUCCUGUCCCUGUCACUGUCCCCGAUGUCCCCUCAGGAAGCUCUGCGCUCCAAUCACAGCCGGGAAGCGGCGCAGCGGGACCGGCGCUGUCGGGAGUUGUCUCUGUCCCCAGUGUCCCCAAUAUCCCAAGUGUUCCUAGUGUCCCCUGUCCCCAGUGUCCCCAAU